AUGUAUCCAGGGAAUCCAGUGGCCGUGCAGCCGAUGGCUGUCACCCAGACUGUUAUGAUGGCCCAGGGAGGCGAGUGGAGCACAGGAAUCUGUGAUUGCUGUGAUGACUGCAGUAUCUGUAAGUGACCGACCGUAACCCAAUUAUAGAGCCCUGAACAGGGGCAGAUAGUCCUGAGUGGGGGCAGCUAACCCGAAACGCACAGGGGGCAGAUAGCCCUGAGCAGGCAGGUAGCAGAUAGCACUGGGCAGUAAGGGGCGUAUAGUCCUGGGCAGUAUGGGGCCUCUGAUGCUGGGGGGCUGGGUGGGGUGCUCAACCCAAAAGGAAUCUGGUCUGGAUUCCAAACUGACAUAGUAAAGACAAAAAGGAAUUGUGGGUAGACCUGUAACAUGCAGUUUUUUGAGAGCAGAUAUAUAAUUUGCAUUGUGAGUAUAUACACUUAAUUGUUAGUUUUGUCACCUCAUUUUUUUUAUUUUUUUCAGAAUUUUGUUUAUUACAUUAAUUUUGCAUUACAUAUAGUCACAAUGCUCUUACAAUAGAUUAUUUAAAUACAUUUCAUCUUAUUUAGCACUAGCACUAUUUAAUUUGGCUCCCACUUUGGAAUUAGUGUAAGACCCACUGAUAUUGGGGUACUGUGAAGUAGUGGUGGGCUUAGCACAGUAUGGCUGUAUGGUGGGACUGAGACCCCAUAGUGGUAGGCUUAUAAAAUGUAACAAUGCAUUUUUAUAUCUGUUCCUUAAUCCGUAUUCUGUAUGUCUUACUGUGUGUCUCUCAAUAUGUCUGUCUGUCUUAAGGGGUAGAUAUCCUAUUAUCCCUAUAUGCAACUACAUAGAUAAACGCAUGACCUCCACCCUCCUUACCAUUAUCCUAAAAAUCUCCCAAAUAUAGCAAGGAGACACAGACAACAGAUUGGAAGGAAAACCAUUGCUGGUUGCUUUAAUAAACGAUAAUUAAAAGGCCUCCAAUGCUUACCGACAAAUAAAUAACAUUGUGACAGAACCAUCUGUCUAUUUAUUGCGGUGGAUUCGUCUGUUUCUGCCCCGUUCGUGUAAAUGGCUGUUUCCUAUAGCCCAGCCAUACGAAUGACUGUUUUUCCCGAACAAAACUACCGAACGGAUGGCCACCCAGGAGAGAAGUGUGCUGCUGGUUAACCUAUUGAUCCCAAUUAGAACGUUGUGGUUAACCGCAGACACUUCUCAAUUAAACCGAAUUCAGGGUGGUCGUCGUUCGUAUGUCGACCAUGAGGCAGCGGCCAUUUUAAACCACGCGAAAGCCCAGCGGUGUUCAGCUCUAUUUUCAUGGAACUAAAAACGGACACUUUUUCUGCCGAACACCGCUGAAACAACGGAACACCUGGCUGCCUCCACGAAAGCGUACGAACACCGGCCGUUCGGGAGUUUUGCAACACACGAAAGGACUUAACCCAGAUAGCCUUCCCAUGGAGUCAAUCGCAUACCGAAAGACUGUAAGAACUUUGACUCCAUGGCGAUUGAAUUGUGUGUGUGGGAUCUGAGCGCUAUUCGCCAAUAAUAUGCACUCAGAUCCAAGCUAUCUGGGGAUAUGUGUUGCGAAUGGGAAAUGUUCGGUUAUUUUAAAGUUAUAUAUUUUUAUGUAUUUUCUAGUAUUAUAUUUAAGAUGGCGAUUGUCUUUGUCCUGGAGAUAAUUGAAUUACUUCUCAAUUAUCUCCAGGGCAGAGGGGAGGAAACCAUAGUGCAUUGUGGGUAAAAGCUGUGACUGUACGUCUGGAAUGUCCCCAUGUCUAUCUGUCAUUACAGUCUCCCAUUUGGUCCCCUAAGAGAGUGUCCACCAAGUGGGAGACCUGCAUAAAUACGGGCAGGUAGCCCACAGUAAAGCCAGAUCCUGUUUGACCAUCAAUGCGGAGCUUCUGUCUCGUUAUUGGGGGGAUUUAUUAUUUGCGUUUAGAGACUGCUGAUUGGAACCGAAAGCCGCUUGGUGGAUAUAGUUGUUCGGCGGCUAGCAGCAGUUCGUGGAGUUCCGUUCGGGAGGUUGGAGCCUUUCAUGGAUCCCGGUCGGGAGAUUACCGCUUCCCCUGGUUAUGGUUCGUGUAUUGUAAUUGAUGCGAACGGAGUUAUUGGUCUUGCGAAAGGGGAAGGUGAACUAAACGGCGGUUUCUCUUAAAGACACCCGGGGUGUCUUAACAAACAUUAUUUUAGAAUAACUGUUGACUAGGGUGGUGGCACUGAGGCCCUAAUUAUUUGUUUCAGAUCACAAGAGGAUGCGGCUCCCACCUAGUCCUGCAGCCCCAGUGCUUCCGCCCAAGCAGAGACAUAACGUACCGCAGAGGAGAUCUACAGCCCAACACCUCACAUAGAGUCUCUGGAAGGGCCCCCCACACCUCCUAAUAACAUGAGGGUGAAAUAACCCAACAGAAACUUGCCAGCACUCCCGUCCUCCAUCUCCGCAUCACCCUUGAGCCGCACACUCUCAUGGGAGAGGGAAAUAGAACAAACUCUCGCUCAGCAGAGCAGGGGCAUUGCCAGGCUGACUAACCAACAGCUACCACAGGUGAGUCGAAAACUAAACUGGGUAGAGUGGUGAGCUUGACUAGCAGGCCUCGCACCAGGCAACUAACCACUUCGACUAAGGAGAGGCGAAACUCAGUGCUGUCUCCACAAGGAAGUCCUCUGCCGAAAAAUCCAGCGUGGGAAAACCUGCAGAGCAUAACGCCAAAUAAAGAGGCACCUCCCCCCUAACACACAAAGUAUCUACCCAGUUGCACUCCCCUCCUAGGAGACAAUCCUACUGUCCCACUAGGGUCCCUCCACUCCCAGUCUUUCAAUCUCUUCCUGUUUCUUUCUCUGUCUGUCUCUCUCAAUCUCUUCUUUUCUAUCUGUCUCUAUAUCUCUUCCAGUCUGUUUCUCAAUCUCUGUCUGUCUCUCUCAAUCUCUUCCUGUUUGUCUCUCAAUCUCUUCAUUUCUGUCUGUCUCUCUCAAUCUCUUCCUGUCUAUCUCUCAAUCUCUUCAUUUCUGUCUGUCUCAGUCUCUGUCUGUCUGUCUGUCUGUCUGUCUGUCUGUGUUUGUCUUGAUCAUUUUCUUUCUCUGUCCUUCUCUUUCACUUUCCCUUCCCAUGGGUCUGUUUUCUAAUUUCUUAUUUUUUGUCUUCUUUCUUGUCCCUCUCUUUCCUAAUCUCUCCCUUCUGUGUCUCUCCAUUCUAAAUAGUUUCUUCUUUAUGGUAUCUCUCUCUCAGUCUCUUCAUUCUGACCAGAGGUAUGUCUGUUGCCAAAUCCCAUUAUUUAGGGAAUGAGUUUUGUGUUAGUCUGUGUAAGGGUUUAUAUAGAAGUGAUAUAAUAUGAGGAUCUCAGAGUCAAUAUAUGGGGUAAUAAAGUCAAUACAUGGCGCUUGCUGAAAGAGCCAGUGUAUGGGGUGAUAGAGUCAAUAAAUGGCGCUAGAUGAUAGAUUCAAUACAUGGCUCUCGGUAAUAAAGUCCACAUAUGGCGCUAAGUGACCCAGUCAACUUAUAGUGCUCGUUGAUAGUGUCAAUAUAUGGGGUAAUAGAGUCAAUACAUGGCGUUGGGUGAUAGAUUCAAUACAUGGUUCUCGUUGAUAGAGUCAAUAUUACAUAGUUACAUAGCUGAAAAGAGACUUGCGUCCAUCAAGUUCAGCCUUCCUCACAUAUGUUUUUGCUGUUGAUCCAAAAGAAGGCAAAAAGAACAGUCUGAGGCGCUUCCAAUUUUGCAACAAACUAGGAAAAAAAUUCCUACUUGACCCCAAAAUAGCAGUCAGAUGUCUCCUUGGAUCAAACAGCUAUUACCCCACUAAUUAGAAAUGAUAUACCUGUAUGUUAUGUUUUUGGAAGUAUUUAUCCAAUUGCUGUUUAACCCGGCUAGAAGUCCAGAGAAUUUAAUUUGCUAGCACUGUAUUUAACCCUGUAACUUUCCAAGACACCCUAAAACCUGUACAUGGAGGGUACUGUUUUACUCGAUAGACUUCGCUGAACACAAAUAUUAGUGUUUCAAAACAGUAAAAUACAUCACAGCGAUGAUAUUGUCAGUGAAAGUGAAGUUUUUUGCAUUUUUCACAAACAAACGGCACUUUCACUGACGCUAUUAUUGUUGUGAUAUGUUUUACUGUUUUGAAACACUUAUAUUUGUGUUCAGCGAAGUCUCCCGAGUAUAAAGGUUUUAUAGUGUUUUUGAAGGUUACAGGGUAAAAUUAAAGGCUGUUUUUUCACAUUUAAACUUGCUAAACUGGUUGCCUUUGAGAGCGUAUGGUAGCCCAUGAAUGAGAAUUACCCCCUGGGCCACCAUUUGCAAAAGAAGACAACCCAAAGUAUUACAAAUUGGGUAUGUUCAGUCUUGUUUAGUAACCAUUUAGUCACAAACACUGGCAAAAGUUAGUGUUCAUAAUUGUUUUUUGAAUUUUUAACACACAAACAAAUAUAAAUGCUAACUUUGUCCAGCGUAUUUGACUAAGUAACUACUAAUAAAGACCGGACAUACCCCAUAUUGAAUAAAAAAUAUAUACAUGUGAAAGGUUAUUCAGGGAUUCCUGACAGAUAUCAGUGUUACAAUGUAACUUGUGUUAAUUUUGAAAAAAAAAAAAUGGUUUGGAAAUAGCAAAGUGCUACUUGUACUUAUAGCCCUAUAACUUUCCAAAAAAAGCUAAGAACAUGUUAACAUUGAGUAUUUCUAAACUCUGGACAAAAUGUAGAAACUAUUUAGAAUGGUUUUUUUUUGGCGGUUGUAGAUGCGUAACAGAUUUUGGCGGUCAAAGUCAGAAAAAAGUUUUUUGUUUUUUUAUUCAUCAUAUUUUACAUUUAUUUUAAUAGUAAAUUAUAUGAUAUGAUGAAAAUAAUAGUAUCAUUAGAAAGAUCAUUUAAUGUCAAGAGAACCAGUAUUUUGAAUGUGUGGCUACAGUAAAUGAGUUAGAGGAAAAUUACAGCUAAACACAAACACAAACACACCGCAGAAAUGUAAAAAGAGUCAUUGUCCUUAACGGUAAGAAAAGUGAAAAGCAGUCUGGUCACUAUGGGGUUAAACCUCGAUAUGGACUCUGAUAAAACCACCUCUUCAGGCAGAGAAUUCCACAUAGAUAAAAGUAGGUACAAAAACCUACACGUACCAGGAGAUCCCUAACCAGAUUUGAUAAAUAAUACAAAUGUUACACACAGAUAAGACAGUGGAUAUAAAGGCACAUAAAAACACAAAUUAAGGUUACAGUGCUUGUAGUGUAAAGUGCAAUAUGCAUUCGUCCACUAGGUGGCAACCUUGUAUCAGUACUAUCCUCACCUAAGAGGUGGGAAGGUUGACUAAAUAUUGCGUUACCGGCAGCAUGUAUGUCCUUUGAAACCAAAAAAAGAUGUAUAUAGAUAGUCAAUGGGAACUCUCACAAAAGAUAAAUAAAUAGUCAAAGAAAAUAUAAUGAUAAAAACCAACUAGCAGUCUCUGGAUAUCAAAGUUCUUAUAAAGCAGAAAAAAUAGAUACAAUAUCCCAGCCAACACGAUGUGUUACUGUCAAAAGAAGCUGACAGCAGCACGUAUGUGUCAAGUGGUACAUACAAUCUAACCAAUAAUGGUAUAAAUUGGUAACAGCAGGAACAUCAGAUUAUUGCAGAAUACCAUUUGUAGCAGAAUUACUCAUCGACCACCAUAACAGGUAAAUGGUAAUAUGAUUUCCUUGAUGGUCUUUAGAUAGUGAUAAAAGCUGACAAUGUUCUUCGGUUAAAAUGUUCUCAUUUAUUAAGAAUAAAGGAUAAAAUACACUCACAGAGAUGAAGUGUAGUAAGGCAGCAAUUGAGUCUUGUGGGAUCAGCAGAAAAAGGUGAAUAGUUGAGCGGGCUAUGGAAUAUCUUUCACCGGGCGAUGAGAUGAUAUCGCUGUGCUGGGAGAGAUGGAGUACUCCUCGCAUGCGUUCCACUUAUUGCACCCGAUCUGCGUUCCACGAUUAUUCGGUAGAUGUAGCUGAAUCGAUAUACGGCAAAUGCCAAAAAGCCUAUCGCGUUUUGUGACAGUCCAAAGUCACUUCUUCAGAGACUAGAUUAUCCUCUGAAGAAGUGACUACAGCUUCAGCUACAGCUACCAAGUAAAAAAAACUGUAAAAAAAAACUUUCCUUUUGCCUUAGAUAAAAUCUCCUUUCUUCAAGGCUAAAUGUCUGACCUUGUGUGCUAUGUAUAGCCCUGUUUAUGAAUAGAUUUCCAGAUAAAGGUUUGUACUGGCCCCUAACAUAUUUGUAUAGUGUUAUCAUAUCCCCUCUGAGGCACCGUUUUUCCAGACUAAACAGAUUUAAAUUUUUUAACCUUUCUUUGUAACUAAAAUGCUCCAUUCCUUUUAUCAAUUUUGUAGCUCGUCUCUGCACUUUUUCUAGUGCCAUGAUAUCCUUCUUUAGAACAGGUGCCCAGAAUUGCACAGCAUAUUCAAGGUGUGGUCUUACCAGCGAUUUAUAAAGAGGCAAAAUUACAUUUUCAUCCCAAGAAUGUAUGCCCCUAUUUAUACAUGACAAAACCUUACUGGCCUUAGCAACGGCAGAUUGACAUUGCAUAUUGCUGCCUGAUUUGUUAUCUAUAACAAUUCCCAAAUCCUUCUCGUGUGUGGUUAUCCCUAGUUCACUACCAUUUAGGGUGUAACUUGCUUGUGCAUUCUUAACCCCGAAGUGCAUAACUUUGCAUUUCUCUAUGUUAAAUUUCAUCUGCCAUUUUAGUGCCCAGUCCCCCAAUCUAUCCAAAUCCCUCUGCAGCAAAGCAAUAUCCUGCUCACAUUUUAUUACUUUACAAAGUUUUGUGUCGUCUGCAAACACUGAUACAUGGCUUUCAAUGCCUAUUUCAAGAUCAUUUAUAAAUAUGUUAAAUAGAAGCGAUCCCAAAACAGAACCCUGAGGGACACCACUUACCACUUUUGUCCAGCCUGAAAAUGUACUAUUAAUGACAACUCUUUGUACUCUAUCCUUAAGCCAAUGUUCUACCCAAGAACAAGAAUAUUCAUCUAGACCAAUUUCUUUUAGUUUGAAGACUAACCUAUUGUGAGGAACUGUAUCAAAUGCCUUGGCAAACUCCAAGUAGAUCACACCCACUGCAACACCCUGAUCUAUACUUCUAUUUACUUCUUCGUAGAAUGCAAUUAGAUUAGUUUGACAUGACCUAUGUUUCACAAAAAAACAUGCUGAUUAUUGCUAAUAACAAAGUUCUUCCCAAUGAAUUCCUGAAUAUUAUCCCUUAAUAGCCCUUCAAAUAUUUUCCCAGUUACAGAAGUUAAGCUCCCAGGUCUAUAAUUUCCAAGCAAAGAUUUUGAACCCUUUUUAAAUAUAGGAACAUCUGCCUUCCUCCAAUCCUCCGGUACAAUACCUGAAACAAAAGAAUCUUGAAAAAUUAAAUACAGAGGUUCAUUUAUUUCCCCACUUAGCUCCUUAAGUACUCGUGGGUGAAUACCGUCAGGCCCCGGAGCUUUAUUUACAUUAAUUUUCUUUAAUAGCUGUAGCACCUUGUCUCGAGUUAUCCAAUCACAAGUUAUCUGCAAGUUUUUUGCAGAAAUCAUUUGCAUAUCUCUUGCCAUAGGAUCCUCAUUAAUAUAUACUGAAGAAAAAUAGUUAUUUAAAAUUUCUGCUUUUUCCUGGUCUUCAUUAGCUAACAAACCCAUCUCUGUUUCCAGUGUACCUACACUUUCAUUUUUUGUUUUUUUAGAAUUGAUGUACUUGAAAAAGAAAUUUGGGGUUGGUUUUGCGUUCUUUGGCUAUCAAUUUCUCAUUUUCUAGUUUAGCACUUUAAUUGCCUCUUUGCAAGUAUUGUUGGUUUCCUUAUUUCUUAUAAGGAAGCCAAUAAUGCUCUCAUUUGUCUGAUUUAAAAUCUUUAAAUGCCCCUUUUCUUAUUUUUAAUCUCUUGUUUUACUUCUCUACUAAGCCACAUUGGUUUUAAUUAUUUUAUAUUUAUUACCCAAUGGUACUUACUGAGAAAUGUACCUUUCUAAUAUUUGUUUGAAUAGUUUCCAUUUAUCCUCAGUGUUUUUAUCACUAAGGAGUUUAUGCCAGUCGAUAUGUUGUAGAGCUGCCCUAAUCUUAUUAAAAUUGGCUUUUUUAAAAUUAUACAUUUUAGUAUACCCCAAGUGCUUUUGCUUUUUUGAGUUUAUUUCAAAGAUUACCAUCAUGUGAUCACUAUUUCCCAAAUGCUCCCCUACUUGAAUGUUGGUUAAAAGAUCAACAUUGUUUGUUAUAACAAGAUCCAGACAAGCAUCCUUUCUAGCUGGUGCUUGUACCAGUUGUGACAUAAAGGUGUCAUUUAACACAUUCAAAAACCUGAUUCCCCUUGCUGAAGUACUAGUUACUCUAUCCCAAUUUAUGUCUGGAUAAUUAAACUCUCCAAUAAUUAACGUGCUACCCCGAUUUGCAGCUUUCCCAAUUUGCUCUAACAGCUGUUCUUCCUCAAUAAUAUUAACAUUAGGUGGUUUAUAACAUAUCCCAACCAAUAACUGAUUUCCCUUUGUUUGCCCCAAGCAGAUAUCUACCCAUAAAGCUUCCACAUUUUCCUCGUCACACUCCACAUGCCUAAGAUUUAACAUAGAGAGAUACACAGACACACAUGUAGAUACACAUAUACACACUGACACACCUACAUACACUGAUGCACAGAUACACUCUCUGACAAACAUGUAGAUAAACAAGAACACUAACACACAAACAAACACACUGACAUACACGCAGGGCCGGACUGGGACCUAAAAUCAGCCCUGGAAAAAAAUUCUAUACCAGCCCAAUAAUGCUUCGCGCCAGCAUAGUGUGCUGAUAUAGAGGGUGAAAAAAUAACUUGAAAUUGAAAACUCUUACUCCAACGAAGGAACGCAUAUAGGGCUUCAAAAUAAACAAAAGAGCGCCUUUAUUUUAAGUAGACGUACAUUUGCAUGUAAUGUUUCAGUACAACUACUUUGGCCUAUUAAGGACAUUUUAGUAAUGGUACUGAAAUGCUGAAUGUCUGCAGUUGCACAACUAAAAAAUGAAGUGAUCUUGUUUAUUUUGAAGUUCUAUGGGUGCGCUCUUCACUUUGAAUAUGUUAUUGUGCAUGAGUAUGCAACUAGCAACAAGACAGGGCCAAUACGUGCUCAUUAUAUAUAAUGACAUAUUUAAUGACAUUUAUGUGUGUAUUAUGCAUAAAUAAAUGUAUAUUACGAUAUGUGUAAAUAUUAUAGGCAUAAUUAUAUGUUACUAAUACACACAUCAAUAUACAUGCAUAUAUAUAUAUAUAUAUAUAUAUAUAUGUGUGUGUAUUACUGUCAGGAUCACAUCAAUUUAUGUCUAUUACCUUUACCUCGUUUAGUGUAUCUUGUCUCCAAUUGUCUCCUUUUUUUCUCUUACAGCGACCCUUGUGCAUCUUUUACUUCAUCCCAGUCCCUGUGUGUUUCUUUUUACCCUUCUCCAGCCUCUGUAUUUCUCUUUCCCCCAGCCCCUUUUGUGUUGUUCUUAGCCCCAGCCACUUUGUCUCUUUCUCCCCUUCCAAAUCUCAUCUGUGUGUCUCUUUCUAACUCCAGACUCCGUGUGCCUCUUUCUCUUCUCCCAGUCACUCUGUCUCUUUUUCCUCAGCCCAGCGUUGCCUCCCACAAAUCUUGUGUCACUUUGUUCCCCUUCCCUACUGCAUGUCUCUUUGUCCCCCCAACAAACCUUCCGUGUGUCUCUCUUCCCCAACUCCUCCCUGUGUCUCUCUCUUACCCCUCUGUCUCUGUGUCCCCCCUUCUCCUGUGUCUCUCUAUUACCCCUCUCUUUGUCCCCCCAACCUCCUAUUACCCCUCUGUCUCUUUGUCCCCCCUUCCCUGGUGUCUCUCUAUUACCCCUCUAUUUGUCCCCCCCUUCCCCUCUAUUUGUCUCCCCCCAUUCCCCUCUAUUUGUCCCCCCCUUCCCCUCUAUUUGUCUCCCCCUUCCCCUCUUUGUCUCCCUCUUCCCCUCUAUUUGUCCCCCCCAUUCCCCUCUUUGUCUCCCUCCUUCCCCUGUAUUUGUCCCCCCAUUCCCCUCUUUGUCUCCCUCCUUCCCCUCUAUUUGUCUCCCCCCCUUUCCCUCUAUUUGUCCCCGUCCUUCCUCCAUUUACUCUUCCUCUUGUCUCCCCUUUUCCCCUAUUUGUCCCCCUUCCCCUAUUUGUCCCCCUUCCCUCUUGUCCCCUUCCCUCUUUUGUCCCCUAUUUCCCCAAUUCCCUCUAUUUGUCCCCCUUCCCUCUUGUCCCCCCUUCCUCUAUUUGUCCCUCUUCCCCUUUUGUCCCCCUUCCCUCUAUUUCCCCAUUCUCUUUGUCUCCCUCCUUCCCCUCUAUUUGUCUCCCCCCAUCCCUCUUUUUGUCUCCCCCCACCCCUUCCCCUUCUGUGUGCCUGCUUACCUUGUCACAGGAGGACUGAGGGAGGGGGCGGAGCUAGCUAGUAGCUACCAUGCUCCCUCGCGGUUUCCAUAAUUCCCAGCAUCUACACAUCAUACAGUAAUCCCUACUCUAUGAUGUGUAGAUGCUGGGAAUUCUGGGAACCGCGAGGGAGCAUGGUAGCAACUAGCUAGCUCCACCCCCUCCCUCAGACCUCCUGUGCUGACAGCCGCAUGGCUGUCAGUAUCAGUGAGUGUGCCGCUGGAUCGCUUAGGCGGCCGCCCGGCACACUCACUGAUCCUGACAGCAGCAUAGCUGUCAGCACAGGAGAUGGGGCCGCCGGCCGCAAGGUGAGUAUUCACCUCAGAGUGUGCCGCCGGACCGGCCACCCGGCGGCACCGACAUGCGGCCGGCGGCCGCGAUAUUAUUAAAGUAAAGGGAGCAGGGCUCCCUCUCUCUCUCUCUCCGGCCCCCCAGGUGCCGCGGCCCACCGGGAAAUUUCCCGGUAUCCCGGUGGGCCAGUCCGGCCCUGCAUACACGCAGAUACACACAAUAACAUACAGAUACUUAUACAGACCCACAUGUAGAUACACAGAUACACACAGAUACCGACACUGACACAUAUACAGAUACACAGACACACAUGCAGCUAAACACAUACACAGAAUUAUACACAUUCAAAUACACAGAAUAACACUUACACAGAUACAAACACAUACACACAUGCAGAUACACAGACACGCAUACAGAUACACAUUGACACACAUGCAGAUACAAAGACAUGCAGACACACAUACAAACAUACCCACAGAUACACAUACAAACAUAUACACAUAUAGACAUACACAUAUACAAACAGACACACAGAUAUACAUUAUUAUUAUUAUGAUAUUUAUAGAGCGCCGUCAAAUUCAGCAGCGCUUUACAAUGGGUGGACGAACAGACAUGUAGUUGUAACCAAGUUGGACACACAGGAACAGAGGGGUUGAGGGCCCUGCUCAAUGAGCUUACAUGCUAGAGGGAGUGGGGUAAAAUGACACAAAAAGGUAAGGAUUGUAUUAGACUAAUGACAGUUACAGAAGAGGAAUCAGUCAGGAGCUAUUAACAGUUUAAUGGAUACGCUUUUAUGAAGAAGUGGGUUUUUAACGAUUUUUUGAAGGAGUGGAGACUGGGUGAGCAUCUAAUGGAGGAGGGAAGCGAGUUCCACAGGAACGGUGCAGCCCUCGAGAAAUCUUGAAGGCGAGCAUCAGAGGUGGGAGUACGGACAGAAGAUAGACGUAAGUCUUCAGCAGAUCGUAAGGGCCUACACGGGACAUACUUGUGUAUAAGGGAGGAUAGAUAGAUGGGAGCAGCAUUAUGUAGAGAUUUGAAAGCAAGAACCAGAAUUCAUUAUGGACUGUAACGGAGCACGUAAGACCACUGAGAAGCGGAUUACAGUAGUCAAGGUGAGAAAGAACAGUGGAAUGGACCAUAGUCGCAUCUGGCGUUAAGUAGGGGCGGAUGCGCGCAAUGUUUUUGAGAUGGAAAUGACAGGAUUUGGUGAUAGAUUGAACAUGAGGCUUGAAGGAGAGGUCGGAGUCAAAGAGAACACCUAGGCAGCGAGCCUGCGUGGUGGAUCUGAUUGUAGCACCGUUGACUUGGAGGGAGACAGACACAGGAGUAACAACACUUGAGGGAGGAAAGACCAGAAUUUCAGUUUUGGUCAAGUUUAGUUUAAGGAAGUGGGCAGCCAUCAAGUUAGAAAAAGCAGAGAGGCAGUCAGACACAUAUUAACAAAGACACACAGAAACACAUACUGAUACACAGGGUCACAUAGAGACACAUGCAGAUACAGAAACAUACACACACACACACAUACAAACAGAUACACAUACAAACAGACACACACAUAUAUACAGAUACACACAUACAUACAAACAGACACACACAUACAUACCGACAAACACAUAUAUAAAGACAGACACAUACAUACAUACAUACAGAUGCACACAUACAUACAGAUACAUACAAACAGACACAUACAUACAAACAGACACAUACAUACAUGGAUACAGACACAUACAUGGAUACAGACACAUACAUACAGAUACAUACAUACAUACAGACACAAACGGACAGACACAUACAGACAGACACAUAAAUACAUACACAUACAUACAGAUAAAGACAGACAUAUACAGACACAUACAUACAAACAGAUACAUACAUGUAAACAGACACAUACAUACAUAUAUUUUUUUAUGUGUUUCCUGCCUUUGGAGUGCAGGAGGCUGGCUCAGGCUGAUGGGAGUCAGAGCUCCCACUCUGAAUCCCUCCUUUUCUUCUCUUCCUCUUCCCGUGCGGCGCUCGGUGAAUGCUGGGAAGAAGUGACCGGCUGUCCACAUUGCACGGCUGUCCACACAGCUGCCCCUUUUGCCCCAUGUUAAGGAGAGCCCUGAGUAUGACUCCAGCGUAUAAAAUAAAGCAGAGCGGGUCUAAUAGUGCAAUAUGUUAAAAUAUAUACGGUGCACAAAAGCAAAGUAUCCUACUUACACUUUGGAGAGCAAUAAACUUGCUCUGGUGGUAUAAUCCCCACCCGAGGAUGUGCAGGAACCAGGAUAGUUGUUUAGCAGCAAAACAACAAAUUGGAUAUGAUGUUGUAGACAAUGAAUUUUAUUUAUAAAAAAUAAUAGUAGAAAUAAGUAAUAUUACAAGUAAAAACAACACAAGAAUAAAAUAUAUAGAUAUAAAGAACUUCUCUAAGGUCAAACUUUACGCAUUUCUCCCAGCAGGGCUUCCUCAGAAGUGUAGAGUGUGAAUGUAACGGCACCCUCAGCAUAAAAGGGUUAAACCACCGUUUAGUAGAUCUUCCCUUCCAGAGACACAGGCACAGCUACUGCAGAACACCAAUCCACCAAACCGGAGAAGCAUAUGAAUGCCGUAAACAGCUGAAUCAGAACCACACGAAUGCUGUAAACAGCCGAAUAGGAAAAAACAUACAAAUAGGUUUACACUCCUAGCAGUCAAACUGGAACAGCAUACAGUAAAUCCCCCCAAGAACGAGACAAAGCUCCGUGUUGAGGGUCAAGCAGUGAACAGACAGAGCUGUGGGUUUAUUGUUCUUAUAUACACAUUAGUACCACCCACAGGGUUUUGGAAAACAACCAAUAAACACGAACAAUACACUCAGACACUCCCACACAAAAUCCUCCCCUCUGCCUGUGAUACAAUUACCUUACACAAUGGGUAAUGUAAUUAUCGCAGGCAGAUAAAUACAGUUUUUCCACAUUAUUCAUAACUUUAAGUAAGUAAUCCAAUUGUAGCGGAACGCCAAUAUUAAAUCCACGAAUUCCACUGGUUCAGGAAAUAAUCCACAGUCAAGCGCUGAAACAACAAGGCAAUAUCCCCAACCUCCCAGUAACCGGACGAAACACAGUUCUGAGAGUCAACUGAAAUCCUUUAAUUCUGCUGCACAAUUUAUACAAGUCCUCAUGCAAGGGGUUUCCUGAGUCCCUUCCCAGGGGCACUCCCAGAGGGGACUAUAUGGGGGACUUACAUUACAAGGCAUUUCUCCCAUCAGGCACUGCUGCACGAGAGGGAUCCUCCCACUGGAAUAUACCGUUAAGUGGAUUAUCCCUCCGUGCAGCAGAACUUACAAUUCGUAUAAAAAUGUAUAACUUUAUGAAUAUGCAGUCUAUUUAAACGAAUGGACGUUCGGUAGAUAGCUGGAGUCUGAGCGCAUCAUUCGUGAGAUUACCGCUCAGAUCCCAGCUAAAAUAACCGAACGCCGCACGAAAAACACAUUCAUUACAAAACAUAUUAAAAGAACCAAUUGCCUUCCAGGGAAUAAAAUACCGAACGGCCUGAAACUCCCGAACGUCCUGGAGGCUCAGCGGUGUUCGUGCCGUCGAGUAGCCGUUUUUAGUACCAUGCGCUCGACGACCUAGCACCGCUGAGGGAACAAAGGAUCCAAGAUGGCCGACCGCCGCAUGGUCGGUAGUCGAACGACGGCCACCCAGGAGAGCCUCUAAUUACCGAUUGCAACAUUGUUGCAAUCGGUUAACCAGCGCCACACGCCUCUAAGUGUGUGGGCUAUUAGGGGUAGUGUUUUCGGUUCACGAACGGCCUUCCAAAGUGCCGUUCGUGAAACGAAAGGAAAACCCCAUACAAACCGCUAUCUGCAUUCGGCGGAUAGCAAAUACAUGCAAUCCAAUACAUUACAGUCAGCAUACAAUACAUGGAGUAAAACACAUAUCUCCCCAGACAUAUAGGCAACCCUUAAAGGUAUAGUCUCUGGUUAUAGUCCAAGUGGCUAGGUUUGCCACACCAAUUAUCUCCAAGGACAGAGGCAAAACUCCAUUGAACACAUGGCAGCAAAAGACAAUAAAAUACAUAAAAAUAUAUAACUGUGCAGCUAUUGCAUAAAACAGGUACAUUCAACAUAUCCCUAGAUAGCUCAGAUCUGAGCGCACAUUAUUACUGAAUGGUGCUCAAAGCACACACAUACAGUUCAAUUGCCAUGGAGCCAAAGUCUUUCAUUAUACGAAUGGGCUCCAUGUCAUAGCUAUCUGGGGUAUCACCGAUCAAACAGGGCCAGCACCGAAUGACCCUGCUUUCGUGUCUCCGCAGGGGAAAAUCAAGCGUUUCAACAUGGGGCCAUAGUCUAAAGGCAGCAGGCGGGCAACCAGGCUCCUCCAAUGCACAGUGGCGAGAUUGGUCUCAUCACAGUGAAGUACUGGGAUAAAUGCGUAAAGUGUGAGCUUAGAGAAGGAAAAAAAAACCUUCCUCUAUCUAUUUUUUCCCAAACUUUUACUUCCAAUCUCUCUCUCUCCCCUAAUCGCUUCCUUACCAUAUCUCUCCUAUUCUGUCAUACAUACAGAUACUAUUAAGUAUCUCUCAUUCCCUAUCUCUCUAUCCAAUAUCCCCUUUCCCCAAACUUUUCCUUUCUCUUUUUAUUUGUUCUAACCUUUCCUCCCCGUCUCUCUCUUUCCUAAUAUCUUCCUUCCGCUAUCUCUCUAUCCUAAUCUAUCUUUCUUUCUGUAUCUCCCUUUCCCAACCUUUUUUUUGUAGAGUCUCACUCUGUGAAUGUCUUCCUUCCCAUUUUAGGCUGUUUAGCAUUCUGGUGCUUCCCCUGCUUCCAGUGUAAGACGUCUGAUGAUUUUGGGGAGUGUUUGUGUCUUCCUCUAUUGGAGGCUGGAUGCCUUGGAUACACUGGGAUUAGCGGUUCCACUCCUUGUAUCUCUCUGUCUAUGCGAGCAGCAGCCCGUGAAAGAUACCGGAUUCAUGUAAGUUCAUAAAAAGCUUCCAAGGGCUGUUUUCUGCCAUGGUGUGGGCUGUAUGUAGCCACUAAAUAAUUAAACCAACAUCACAGAGUAGGGCAGUGCUUUCCAAACCAGUCCGCAAGGCACGCUGACCAGUCCAGGAUUUAGGGAUUACCCAGUUGUGUCAAGAUGUUUUUAGAACAAAAAAACAAAACAAAAACCGUGACACAACUGGGUAAUCCCUACAUCCUGGACUGGAAGGUGUACCUUGAGGACUGGUUUGUAAACCACUUGAGUAGUGGGAUUUAUUAUACAUUUUAUAAUAUUUUAUAUAAAGGAUAAUAAAGGUAGUUGGCCUUAAGGAACGCCUAAACCUACUGGUACACAUAGGAUUGGUUCCAUUUUCAUAGUAAUUCAAUUAUCCUGCAGUGUUCCUCAUUUGACAGAGAAACAAAAUUCUCAUUUAGUAAUCAGCCAGUCUAAUAGCAACUACUACUGGAGAAUUAAGGGAGGGCUCCGGGUGCAUAUCGGACCCUAAUUGCAGACACUAAUGCACUGCAGAUACCUGGUUUUAGCCAGACAUUAGUAGUUACGGUACGUGACAUUAUGUCCAAAACCAGAUAUAAUUAUUACAUCCCACCGGAAGCUCAGUAAUCUGUAAUUGUGCUGAGGUAUUGUUGCCAGCCCCUGGGACUUGGUAUAGGGGAUAUCCGCUUUAAGUGAAAGUGUGGUCUGCGGCUCAGUAAUCUGUAAUUCUCAGUAAUCUGUAAUUGUGCUAAGGUAUUGUUGCCAGCCCCUGUAGGACUUGGAAUAGGGGAUAUCCGCCUUAAGUGAAAGUGUGGUCUGCAGCUCAGUAAUCGGUAAUUGUGCCAAGGUAUUGUUGCCAGCCCCUGUAGGACUUGGAAUAGGGGAUAUCCACUUUAAGUGAAAGUGUGGUCUGCAGCUCAGUAAUCGGUAAUUGUGCCGAGGUAUUGUUGCCAGCCCCUGUAGGAUUUGGUAUAGGGAUAUCCACUUUAAGUGAAAGUGUGGUUUGCAGCUCAGUAAUUGGUAAUUGUGCCAAGGUAUUGUUGCCAGCCUCUGUAGGACUUGGAAUAGGGGAUAUCCGCUUUAAGUAAAAGUGUGGUCUGUUUAUAACUCAUGAAGAGUCAGGCAAGGUGUAAUUGUAUCAAUGUGUUAAUUCAUGUGCUGUUCUGAUAUACCCUUCUCUUGCUGUCCCUGUAGGGAUCGAUUUGUAACGACUGCUGUUUGGUGUGCUGGUGCUAUCAGUGCUCAUGGUGCCAGAUUGCCCGUGAAAUUAAAAAGCGCAAACAGCCCUUCACCCUGGUAACAGCACAGACUACGCCCGUGGGGAUGCCAGCCUAUAAUCCGCAGGUCAACCAGUUCAAUAUCAAUCUCCCCAAUCGCCCUCAAUAA